GUGCGAGAGAAAAAGCAAGAAAGAAAGAGAGAGACAGAAAAGGCGAGAGAGCGGGAAAGCGAGAGAGCGGGAAAGCGAGAGAGCGAGAGGAAAAGCGAGAGAGCGAGAGAAAACAAGCAAGCGAGAGAGAGAAAAAAAGCGAGAGACAGACAGAAAAAGCGAGUG